AUGAAGCUUAUUCUACUUGUUGCAGCAGUCAUCCUCGGAGUCAUCCCUAUUUUCGCCUAUCCCAGUGCCUACCAAUGUAACGAGUUCCCCAAGAUGGGAAAGCUCGUUGCGGGCAAGCGUACUGGCGAUAACGGAAAAGAACUCGACAUUAAGCAGUAUCUCAUGUUCCACUUGAACAACGAAGGAGAAUUUUACCUGAGGAAGGCAAACAACAACAACACUAACCAGAUGUCCAAGGCAUACAACUGCACGAUCAACGACAAGAACAAGUACGGCAUUGGCAAAGAUAGCCCCAUCUAUGACGGCCUCACCAACUUGAAGAUCGAGCUUAACAAGGGCAUCAGCCCUAAAGUGGCGCAACGAUCCGGCUACUGUAUCACCAUGGCGGGCACUUCAAAGCAUGGAAAUCUCAAGGUCCCCGAAAACAGGGUGACUGUGAAGCCAUGCACAGAGACUCCAACUGGUGCCGGACUUUUGCAAGCAUUCCACGAAUUCCACUGGGAGACGCGCGACGCGUUCGAAGCCGUCAGGGCCAAUGAAGCAGACAAGAGCCUCAGUCGAUUCGAGGUACACUUUGAUGACGAAGGCACUGCGUAUCUUACGCAAAAGUCUUCCCAGGACAACAACGCCCGGCUCUACUGGGUUGCACAGUAA